AUGGAGUGCGAUAAGAAGGAUGGCACUCACGACGACAAAAUCAACAAGGAGUGUGAUGUUUUGACAAAGAAGUUCACGUCUCUUAAUCGACCAAGGCAACCGUUACGAGAAGCCAAUGCAAACAUCCCCACACCUUCAUACAAACUACGUACCGCCGUCACCAAUACCACUGCCAGCACCGCCAUAACUAAACAAGGGCUGCCUUGCAAAAACCAUCAGUCACCUCAGCUAGGAGGACGUGGCAGCAGAUACUCACCCAGGAAGAAAAGUAACUGGCACGCGAGAGGAGAAAGUUCUCGAGCUUCCAGCGUGCGAGCAAGUGACUCAGAUGAAUGUCCCUUGAAAGAGUUGCAUGUACAGCCGAAGGAAGCCACGCCCGUUCCCCAGUUUCUCUUGAAGAGAGCUUCCCAUCUGGUGGGAUCUCAGGAGCAGCAGCCAAUUGCAAAACCAGCAGAACAAGCUGAAACAGCAGAAAAUUUUUCAAAAAAGCGAGAUCGAGACUCUCUGGGCAUAGCUGACGCGGUUGCAAAAGAGCGCGAUGUCAAACGAAAGCUUGAUCUAGAGGCAAAUACGUUAGAUCCCGAAAAGAGAGCUGAGUUGGACAAGGGUGGGGUGCAAAAUCGAGCAGAAGGGGAACAAAACAAAGAAAAAGAAGAAGAAGAAGAAGAAGAAGAAGAAAAACUAGUAGAUCAGUCAAAGAAUGUACACAAAUCGGUCGUGCUAUCUAACAAAGACGUAUUUGGUCAACCAGGCAUAGAUGACAAGGAGAAGAAACUGCCGGAAAAGUCGGAAAGGAAUGAAGUUCAAAAGCCCGAGACGAUAAAUAAAAGUCAGUUGUCCAAAGAGAUAAACAUCAUUGGCAACGAAACACAUGCUGCCCCCAUCGCCAGUUUUGAUGAUUCCACGACGGCUAGCAAAUUGGCAGCGCAAUGUGAACGCCCGCUCAAACUGAGAUUACUCGUGGCUCAGCAGAAUCAGCAAAGACUCAAGGAAAAGGAAACUCUCAAAAUGACUCGUCCAGAGCCCACGGCAAAACCACAAAAUUCCGUCCUUCAGGAAUUGGAUUUGAACCAACUCGAUCACAGCCAUCAUGACAAAGUGGAAAAAGUGCACAAGGCUCAAGUGCAACAACAGCAACAAAAAACCAAUGGAAGACUCUCGGGAGAAGAAUUGUACCAGUGGCAGCAGUCAUGGAAAAGAAUCAUGCGUGAGUCGGUGGCCUUCUUUGAAGGCCAGCAUGAUCGCCGUCUGGCUGAGUAUAGGAGAGCUUUGAAAUACCUCAAGUAUGUCGGGUGUGAAGUUGCACCUUUUUACGCCAACAAUGUCACCAUAAUCAUAUCGAAGCGCCCCUACGACGACAAAACUGCCUAUCCUCCCCAUGACAUUUUCUACAACGUUUCAAGAUCAAAAGUCAAAGUUUGGAACUAUGAUAAACUCUUUCGGUUCAUGAAAAACUUGGGAUUGACCACCACCACUAGCGACGAGCAAGCUGUAAAUACUCGCGCCAACACGCAAACCUCGCUUUCAACAAACAAGUUGUACAAUUUACUCAAGGAGGAAAAAAUCUACGGUUCAGCUGAUAGAGAUCCAAAUGCUAGACGUGACGAUUUCCACUAUUUUGGGAAAAACUACUUGUAUGUCUAUGAUUUGAGUCAAGCCGUGAGACCGAUUGCUAUUAAAGAAUGGAGCAACGAUUACCCAACCCUCAACCUAACGUUGGACGGGAAAUGUCCAUUCAUGUACGAUCCUUCUAAUGAAAACUCCGAGAAUAGGAAAACAAAGAGAAGAAAAAAUUUCGAAGCCACUAAAUCCCACCGGAUGGCUCUAAAAGCUGCUUCUCAUAAUGUUAUAACUGGAGUCUCCAUGUCGGUUAAUGGUUUCACUGGAACCAGCACCAGUACCGACAAGAUUGAGGAGGACACUUUGUUUGAUGAAGUCGAAUUUAGACAACCCUUGGCUAGAAACUCCUCGUGCAUGCAAUCCAAAACGGUGGAAAACAUGGCCUCAGGGUAUAAUGGUGUUUCCAACGCUCUCCAAUUCUCGAUGGAUUCAAACUUGAACAGCUAUGUCGGUGCCGCGGGGAACGGAUUGGGACCAAUUGGGUCUCAAGUUCCAUCGAAAAACUUGAAUAAUCUCAAGAGGCGAAUAUUCAUGAAGAGGAAAACUAGCGAGCGCAGGGAAAAGGAGCAUACCCCUGGUUAUUGCGAAAACUGCCGCGUCAAGUAUGACCAUUUCGACGACCACAUUAACAGCAAUAGACACAGGAACUUUGCAUGCGAUGACGAAAAUUUCAAAGAUAUCGAUGAGUUGAUCUUUAGCUUGAGAGAGAGUAAAUCACUAGGCCAUGUAACGUCCAAUGGCGACUAUGUAUGA